GUAAAUAUGGGAGCUGCUUUGGCAAAAUACUGCGUAUAUGUCUUCUUGUGUGGUCUGACCUUUGAAAUAUUAGGCUAAUGACUGCCUUUGAGUUCGACAAGAAGUCAAAGGAGAGAGUACUUUUGUCCUUUAGGUGUUCCGUACUUCUGCGCACGCGCAGGUCAUUGUUGGCACGGUGAACGUGAGGAGUGUGGGUUUAAUGGUCGUCUAACGCAGUAUUACUGCGUAAUUAAGGGUUUAUGUUGACAGUGUGUUAACAUAGGGUGUAACUAUCACAUAUGGCUCUCAGGAGGUGUUGGAGGCUUCCAGGUGUUGUCCCGCGGCUGUUAUGGACCAGCACCGUCCAGCCUGGGGCUUCCGUCCCGGGAGGACGAAUGUCUGUGUCCAGUCUUGGCAAAAAUCACCCCGGUUGCAAAACUACAGAGUUGCUGCUCCGCAGGUUCAGUUCAGGGCCACCGAGCACUGAUGUGAGUUAUGACCAGCUGAAACAACUGCUAGCUGGCCGGAAGUCUGUAGUUGUAGAUGUCAGAGAGCCCUGGGAGCUCAGGGAGUACGGCUUCAUCCCCGGUUCAAUUAACGUUCCCCUGGGACAGGUGAACACCGCCCUCCAGCUGAGUUCUGAAGAGUUCAAAGAAAAGUAUGGUGAUGAAAUGCCCCAGCAGACAGAUAACAUCGUGUUCACCUGUCUGGCAGGGGUCAGGAGCAAGAACGCACUCAACACAGCCGCCUCGCUGGGUUACAAACAUGUUCAGCAUUACCCGGGUGGAUGGCAAGACUGGGUGAAAAAUGAACAACAUAAGUGAUCCAGGGAUAAUGGAACAGAAAAAAACUAUAUCAUUAUUAUUUAAAGCGCUUUUAAAGAAAUUACUCAAGAUGAGACUGGAAAGUGAGAAUGCAUUACAAACAAUCUUGCAAAGGGUUUUUAAAAAGUUCAUUCACUUUUCUGUUGUUUUUAGAGCCAGUGAUCCUCACCUGUGAAUCCCAAAGACUGAAACCAGAGGACUCAGCGCACAUGAGCAAUCACAUGUCUGCUGCUAAAAAAACUAAUGCAAUAUUACUUGUAAAAUGGUUUAAGAACUAUUUCUAAACCCUUUACAACUUCCAAACACACAAAUAUAUAACCAGUGACUGUUAUAUUACUAGAAAUAAUAACAGAUAAUGAAGUGCUAAAGUCUUCAGGCUAUCUAUGCAAAUGACUACUUUAAUGUGUAUGAUUGUCUUUCAUUGUAUAAUAUGAACAGUUCAACAUUUCAUGAUGAUUUAUUGUAAAUAUUAAAGAGCUUGUUGCUCAUAGAGGGAACUGUCAGUGCAGUUGUUGCCAACAUCACUCAAUAAAUAAAAUUAUAGGUUUGAUUAA